GGCGUCAGUCCAUACAGACGGCCAGUUAUCACCCAUCAAAUCAGGCCGCAAACCCUCCCCUGCCGCCCAGCUCCCGUUUCACCACUUCCUCACCCACGACCUUCCCCUCACCCCCGCCCUUCCCCGGCGCACCCCUCUCGCCUCGCCACAAAUGUACACCUCCAAUACCGACCUCUCCAGCUCCCCACUCCCCCCUUCCCCUCCCCGCUCCCACCCUCCCCCCGCCCUCUCCCUCCCACCCCUCCUCUCCCAAGCUCGGUGCCCCCCCCUUCCGGAGUCUCUGCCCUCCCUGCCUUCCCUCCGACUCAAGACAUCGCUUUUGCCGCCUGGAUUGCCCCCUCAUUUAGGCAGCCGCCCCUCCUCCCCUUACUCCCCUAGAACCCUUCCAUCCUCGCCCACCUCCCCCGCCUCCCCCCCGUCGCAUGCCGACUCUCCUCCGUCUCCUACAGCGUCAGAUUAUUCACCUCAUUUGUCUCGUUCUCCUUCGCCCGCUCCGCCCGAAGAUCGCAGGACGCCCGACCUUUACGCUGAGGCUGUGUGCGCGCACGAAACGUGGCCCGUCACGCCGGCCGAUGACCUUGCGGGGAAGCCCGUGCUCGAUGCUCACUCUGACCCUUUGCGUGACACAGAGGCAGUCACACGUGACACUCAGCUCAGCCGGACGUCGUGUAGCCCAGAGGCCCAGUCACUUGGGGAGAUAUUGAAAGACUCGCAGAAUGAGCCUUCGUUAGUGGACGAAACAGUAUCGGAUGAAGGUAAUGAACCAGCCUCGUGCACGGGAUCUAAAUCUUCGCAAAUGCAUGAAACAAUAACUGGCGAAAGACUCGGAGUGCCAUGUCAGCCAGAAUGUGAACCAACGCCAGUCCAUGAGUCGUCUCCGGUCGACGAAAAUGAAUCCAUAUCAAUACAUGAUGAACCUCCUUUAGACCGAAAACACACUGAAACAGGAAUAUUAGGGAAUAACCAAGAAUCAUUACCAAAAAUUGAUGAACAUAUACCAGAGGCAGGCCCUAUAACAGAUGCCCAGUACUCAUCAGCACCAGGAAUAGGCCAUGAAUCACCUUCAAGCCAUUACAGUAGUGCGGAGCAGGCUGAUGCAAAAGUAGUUAUCGGAAGUGACGUGGAAAAAAAUGUCGAAUUUGAGAAUGAGCAAAUAAACCCCAGUCACUUACCGCCGAUUUCUGAGGGAGAGACUUAUGGAAAUGGAGAAACUUCAGUAGACAAUCAUGAGGUAGAAUCCUCUUUAAACGCUGAAGAAAGACUGAUGGCAGACACGCGAGAUGAACUUUCCAAAGAUGGUGAAAAGACCAAAAUCAGUGAUAGUAAUAAUGAAAAGGACCAUGUGAUUGCAAAAACGGACGAUGAGGUGGAUCAAAGCUGUGAUAAAGAUGAAGAACAAAUGAGAAAUAAAAUGGAUUCAAGCAAGGGACCUGUGAAGAUUAAGUUCAGGAUCCGGUCAAAGGCACACAAACAACCACCACUCAGCCAAGAAAAGCAAGAGUGUAAUAAGGAGAAUGGGAUCCCAAAAAUAGUGUUGACGCUAAGAGGAAAUGGACCUAAUAAAGAAUAUUCUUGCUCAAAUAGAUUAAGGAAUGAGGCCCAGAGCGGACAUGGCGAAAACUUAAACUUUAAAAAGCACAAGUCAAAGAAAGACAAGAAACAGAAAGGGAAAUACAAAAGCCGAAAUAAAAAGGGUGUGAAGCUCAAUAAGCACAAAAGACAUUUGGAAUUGUUCGGGGAAGACAGCAAUGACUCCGUGGAGGUCGCCAGCGACCAACUAGCUGUGGUAAACGGCCGCGCCGAUACGGCCGGCCGGAAGACUCCUGCUCUGCAAAACGAUUCUCGGGAGUCUCUUGGGUUCCCCACCCUGGGUGAGUCUCCCUACCCGAGCGAUGAUGAGUUUCCACCACUGCCUGUUCAGAAGCACUCUUAUGCCUUUAGUGUUAAAGUUGAGAGAAUUUGUGAAAAAGUUAAACAUAGCCCCAAUAAUGAAUCUUUGGAUGACUCACUUUCUGAUUCUUUGCCAGAUUUGGAACCUCUACCGAAUCCAGACACUGAUUCUAGUAUCAACAUCUCUGAGGCAUCUAAGAUGAAGAAAACCAAAGAUGUUUUGGAAGAUACUGUCUCUGAAGACAUGGCAAUACAGGAUAAAGUAACUGUCAUUGAAGGGGCCCUUGAGAAUGAUCAUAUUAAUGAUACUCAAGAUGAUGGAUCUCAGACUGUAGAUUCCGCAGAGACAGAGGUGGAGAAGAAGGAGGAUUCAGGAGUAAAAUCGGAUUCGCCGAAAGUGGAUGUAGCUGAAUUGAAUGCAUGUGAUGAUAUGGAAGAGCAGAAGGAUACUGAUAGAUUGAAGGACAAUGCUGAAACCAAAGAAGAUAAUUCAGAUCCAAUGACAAGUGAAAAGUCGGAGAGAAAGGAGGAAGAUACUACAGUCGAAGAUAAAAAUGUAAAUACUGAGGAAAUGCAAGACAAGAACGAGUCACAAUUGACUCCUGAAAAGACUGAAACUGCUGAAAGUGAAUCUGUGUUAGAAAAGGAUACUAACGAGACAAACUCUCAGGCCACGAUGUACGCUCCGUCCCUACCUCAGAAGAUACGUGAGCCAUCACUACCUCAGAAAUCCCGUGAUCUCACCCAACCAGAGAACCUACAUGAGCCGUCCACACCAGGAAAGUCAGGCGACCCUUCCCCCUCCCCUCAGAAACUGCAAGAUCCGCAAACAUCGCCAAAGGACGUCUCGCAGGAACCCAACAGCCAUGAGAACACAAGAGGCUCCUAUUUAAGAAGCCGUAGAGAGAGUAGAAUGAAGAAUUCGAAAUCAGACAGGGAUUCUGACUCUUGUCUGUGGGUGAGCUUUGGAGUUGAUGGACCUGUACCUUUGCCCACAAGUGAUAUGCCAAGCUUAGAACCCUUUUUGAGUGACGCGGAUGAUUCCAAGACAGAUGAUGAUAAGAAAGAGGGAAAUGGCGAACACGAGGAAAUUCCCAAAAAGGAAGACAAAGACAAAAAAGUUGUAACACACAAUAAUGAAUGUUCUCAAACAGCCAGCACACCUGAAGAGACCGUAGAUUCGCCACCUGCAAAUCCACUGAAGCAAGAUUUCCUGACUUCUAUUGACCGUCUUGUUAAGAAGCAAACCAAGUUCCUUGAGCAAGAAAGCACUCACCAAGAAUAUCCAUCCAGCAAGGUGAGUGAAGUGUCUGAUGAUCUGACAGACAAAAGAGAUGCUUCAAACCAUACAGAAGACAGAAGGAUAUCGAGAAGAAAUAGCCGAGGAUCCACGUGGAGGAAGGUGCGAAAGUCGAUGGAUAAGCGUAGGAAAGCUUACAGAAGGAAAAAAGCUUUGGCAUUGGUGAAUGAGCAGAACCAGAAAGCUGAAGAAAACCCAGCUUGUGAUCCCGAGAGCGAAAGCACCAAUGACAAAGCAGAGGCUCAGACACCCGACAGCGCUGAAGAUGAAAACCAAAAAGCUGAACCAAACACUGAGGCCAAAGAAAGCCAAAAAUGUGAGAAUAGUGACAGACCUUCCGCUGUGCCAAGUGAAGAAGACUCAAAUCAAUAUUAUCGCCCAAAGAAAAUGCAAAGAGUUCAAAGAAAUAGGUUAUUGCAGUCCACUCCCAAUAGUGGAAUAGGGCUUUAUACAAAAGAAACAGACAAAGCAAGUAUUGAUCAGGAGCAAAACACCCAAGCAAGCCCAAAGGAGUUAACAGACGAAGGGCAAGCCGCAGCAGCUGACGGACCUGAAGUUAGUAAUGAUGAUCCAAGAACAAUGGAACUUGAGCAAGACGCAAAUUUUUCUGCUUCAAGUAGUGUCAAGUCCGAUCUGGAAAUGGAUCAUUCUGAGAGAACUAGUGAUGGUGAUAGCACAAAGAGUGAACAAGGCGAUAGUGUAGGGGGCCCUGUAGUCCCCCAUGAUCCUGAAUUCGAAAAGGUCUGGGGGAAAGAGAGAAAGCUGCGGAUACGGCGAAUGAAACGAGCGGCUUUGAAGGCGAAUGUGCGUAGCCAAGACAAGGCUCAGGACAGUUCACCUGCUCAAGGUGUAGACGCUAAGAAUGGCCAGGAUUCCGCGGUUCCAGAUGAAUCGUCUCACUCGAAGGAAAAAACAUCUAGUGAGGAAGAAAAGACAAAAAAGAAGCGAGGCAGGAGGAAGAAAGAGGAAGGAGGUUCAGAUUCGGACACAAGUUCUCUUUCUGAAGGCGGCGCAGGGCGAGCCACGGCUAUCCAGGAGGCGCAGCAGCGUCGGGAGGUCCUGCACGAGGAGGAGCGAGGUCGACGUCUCGCGCAGGAGAUCAAAGGAUUCAACUGGCUGGAGCAGAAGAUCAAGAGCCGGGUCCUCGCCACCUCGGGAUCCGCUUCCAAUUCUACCUCUUCCACCUCUUCCUCUUCUUCGUCCGCCUCCGACCCCGCCACACCCAGCACGCCCACGGCCCGGCGGAAGCCCCUCUUUGUGACGAGGAGCGCCAGUCUGCCCGCGGGCAAGAGCUCGCUGCCCGUCGCCUCCUCCUCGCCGCCCGCCUCUUCCUCGGCGCCCAGGAGGAAGGAGGUCGAGAGGAGAAUGUCUGUGUGCGGACCCGUCGGACUUCGAGGCCACCUUCAGGCUGCUGUUCCGCCCCUGGGACCUGGAUCCCGCGUCACAGCCGUACCUAAACGCCGUAUGUCACCGACAGAACCUACAACCUCAGCGCCGUCGCAGGGAAGCACUCCUUCAACAUCAGAAGCAACUCCUUCCCCUGUCCCCAUCACAAAUGAAAACGUGAGCGUCACAUCGGUCUACGACAACCGAAGCUACCUCACUCCGACAGGAUACUACCCGACGGAGCCCAACAGAGCUGUCUUAUACAAUCGAACGGACUACACUACGGCUACACUGUAUGGUCUGCCUAUUCCCAGCGUGCCGUCACUCUACUACGACCAUCCUCCCCCUGCGUCUGGAACGUUCUACAGAGACACGACCUUGAGCCAGACCAGCAAUUUUUAUGGCUCCACAACUACCACGCCACCACUUAUGUCGUCCAAUCAGAGUGUAAAAUCUCCGAACUCCCCUCCACCUGCCCCUCCGGGUUCCUCAGCUCAGCAAGUUGGCUCUAGUUCCUCCGGGUCCAAGUCCUCGUCAGGACACGUAACAGACUCCUCUCCUGGUUCGUUUAUGUCGUUGGUUUGUGACGAUGUUGAGAGUCCUGUUCUUUCGUCCUAUGUUGGCUGUACAGAGAGCAUGCGUUCUGUCGAGGCCUGUGUUGUUCUUUCGCCUGGAUAUCCUUCCUGUUCAUCCUCUGUCUUGGAUGAGGGCCAAGUUGGUCUCCAAAGAGCAAGCAGUGUUACUUCAAAUACUUCAUCGUCGCCAGCCACAAGCCCUGGCUUAAUAUUCUCACACAAACACGCCCUCCUCAAGCGAGCCAUAAGCGACAUGCUAAGGAGCGACUCGGAAAAUUCCGAAGAACCUUCAAAGCAGGAGGAAUCAACAAAAUACGUGAACAGCGCAGAACCACCGGAAAAGCAGAGGACACUCAGCAGACACCAAGAUAGUGAGGGCCAGCCGAAUGUCGAAUCAUCCAUAACGGAGAUUAAUCUUGCUUCGCCAAAGAGUGAUCUCUCUCAAUCUGCACACAGCAAAAGUGUAAUAAAAAAUGCGGAGAACAUCAAAAAGGAGAAAAUAAAACCCGAGGAACCACAAGGAUUCAUCAGCCUCAUUUCGCCGAAAGAGGGCGAAGAAUCGAAAGAAGACGUGAAGCCAGUAGUAAGCGAAGCUAAUAACAGAGAGCUCCAGAUGCUGCAAGACUUACCAGAGACGGUGAGACAUAAGGUCAUGAAAUCUAUGAGUGAAAGCGGCUGUAAAUUUGAUGAGAUGAGAGUGGAUACAAAACCGUCCGACUCUGUGGAGGAAAAGUAUGGACGUGGAGAUAUGCAGUCGUCGUUACUUACGGCCUUGUACGAAGAGUUGAUGAAAACGAGACAAGAAGUCGAAAAGCUGAGGAAAGUCCAAGAACUUAUGCUUACAGAAAAAGAGGAUAAAAAAGACGAUUCUAAAGAAGUGAUGAAAGAAGAAAAAGACAGCUCUACCCCAGAAAAGAAAGUUGAAAAGAGAAAGUACUUAGAACUUACAAAGGAUGGUGAUGCAUCUGAGGAAAGUAAGCCUGUCUUAGAACCGGAAGUUAAAGUGGCAAAAAUCGGUAUCAGGAGUGAUCUCUCUGAAGAUUCUGCCAAAAAAUCUCAAACUCCAGUUAGUACCUCUAGGAACUUUGCAAGUUUUACAUCGCCUCCUCCUACAGUCAUAAGUAGCAGUCCUUCAGAAGUGGUAAUUCAUUCUUCACAUGCUAGAAUUAGCUCCCUUGUUUCAAAUCCAACAGUCACUCAGGCUGUUCCUGUUCCUAUCCCAAGCAGUGUGAUCACUACUUUUGCGCAGUCUGGUAUAAGUCUGUCAAGCACAAGUCCUAAUCUAUGUAAAAUCAGCAGUCAGAUUGAAAUAACAAGUUUGCCAGCACCAUCCACAAGCCCUAUUGUACUGCAGUCUUCUUCGCUUCCAAGGACUAGUCCAGUAUUGCCACAAACAAGUCCAGUAUUACCCAGGGCAAGUCCUGGACUGUCAAGGACAAGUCCGCCAGGAUCUAGAACAAGUCCUGCAAUUGCAAGGAUAAGUCCAUCAUUACCAAGAAUUAGUCCAUCGUUAUCAAGAACCAGUCCAUCAUUACCUAGAACUAGUCCAUCAUUACCUAGAGCUAGUCCUUCUCUACCAAGAACGAGCCCUGGCUUAGCGAGGACAAGUCCUGCUGCAAGUAGCGUAAAAGAGAGAUUGCCAGCAGACCUAGGGGCUAAUAAAUUGAGAGCGCUAUUUGGCACUAAUUCGGAAGUAGAAGUGAUGCCCAUAACUCCUGGAGAAAAAGGUGGCUCAUACGAACCCCAGCAGUCAGGCUUUCUAAGGCUAUUAGACGAGCCACAGCAGCAGCAGGAACCAUCGCUUUUACUUAGUGCAGUUCGGGGUCACAGGCGGGAAGUGGAGAUCACUGCGUCACGUGAUGGAACUGUGUUCCGUCAGCCUCAUGAGGAUAGACGCCUGCAUCAGCCACAACAUGAGGUUGAAAGGAAAAAAACUCAUUACUCAACAUCAGACCUUCCAGAAUUUCCACCAACAACACAUAAACCACCUCCUCCACUCAAGCCUGUACCUUCAGUUUUAAGGAGACAUUCAGAAACUCACGACCCUCGAGACCCAAUGCUCCAUCGGCUUAUGUAUCAAAAUAAUCAUUCUAGUCCUGCUACUCCUACAACAAGCUCUUUGCCGAUUGACCAUCAUACAGCAGCUUCUUUGUACUAUGCUCAACCAAAGUCCAGCCCUACGCAACAUCCACCACUGAUUCAGAGUGGCCGGAGAAGUAGUGAGAGUAGUUCUGAUAUGGCAAGAGAACACCAGCAUGCUAUAGCUAUGAACAUGCAGCAACAUAUAUAUCGACAACAGCAUUUACGACCAAGCCCACCUUUGAGUCUUGGGCCAGAUAAGGCAACCAUUUUUCCGAUACCUCCACCUGCACCAGCUGUGAGACCUUACAGAUCCCCACCUCCACCACCUUCUACAAGAUCUCUGGAACAGUAUCAGUCAUCAAUGAUGGAUCCAGCAUCAACAGAGGACUUAUACCGAUCUAAUCUUCAGUUCUUUGAAAGAAUAAAGCAGAACAUUCAUCAGACUUGUGAUGCAAAUCUAAGUCUCCAAGAAAGAGGAGGCUUUGUUGGAUCUGAGAGAGGCAUUGCUACCCACGACAGGAUGCAGUCCCCAGCCGGCUCUGUCGACAAGCCCCCUCAACCACAGACUUUUGUCCCACGAGUCCUGGUUCGAAAUUCCAUUCCUGAAUCAAGCCCACGUUUACCCCACAUCCCUCCCCCUUACCCUGGCCCGUCUUAUGUUGGCCAUAAUCCUCAUCUAACAGGGCCGUUGCAACCAAAUCAUCCUGCCCAGUAUCCAAACAAUAUGCAUCACAGUUCAGGCACAGCAAUACACCAAAUGGCCCCUGCUGGACUUAUUCCUGGUAUGCAUCAGCCUUCAGUGAUUAUGACCAGCCCAGACAAUGCAGUCCGGAGUAAGAACAGUGGUGCUGGUACUGUUGAUAAAAAGCAGUGCUUGAAUAACUGCCCUCAACAAGCACGUUUUCUAUGCUCUGGCUGCAAGAAGGCAUGGUACUGCUCUGAAAAAUGCCAGCGUGAGCACUGGGCCAUGCACAGUCAGUCUUGUUCUCCUUGAACCCAGAAAACAUUUGGAAAGUAUGUUUAUAAAUUGGAAAGCAGUUAUUAAUGAAAUUUUAGUCACCCUAAAAGUGUGAUAUUCUUCGUGACCUGAGUUCAAUUCAUAUUCCUUAAGUUAUAAAAAUUUGUUUAAUUAAACAAAUAAACUGAAAUUGUUACUACAAUUCAGGGUAACAAUGCCUUAAGUACUGAUUGUGACUAAAGUUGAAAAUGUUCCUGGCUGUGAGAUAGCCCCUUUAAUUUACUUGAAAGAGACAAGUGUGAAGCAUGGAGUGUUCCUUAUUAUAGCCAAUGUCUGGAUACUUGGACCAAGAGCCAUGUGAUCUGUGUUCUGCAAUAAAUAAUUGUGAGAUAUAACCAAUAGUCUCCUUUGAGAGUUACUACUACUUAGGCUAAAAUGAAAUAUAGUAAAGGAAAGAAGAAACAAAUAAGACAUUGUUCUGGUUGUUAUUCCGAUACAGUGUAUGUAUCAUAGAUUCAUAGUGUACAGUGAGAAUUUUUUUUGUCUAUUUUACAGGAAGAAGUAUUAUCUUAAGGAAGAAAAUUCACUUUAAUGUCAUUUAGACUGAUAUUUUACAAUUCAGAGGAAAAUUUCUCUUCUCCAAAAAGGAAAAGGGAAAGAGAGAACAUGAAUAGUUGAAUUACAAUGACUUGCAAUAUGAAGGAAGAGAGAUAUGUAGUGUUAUUCCCUUUAGUGAUGUGAAAAUUGAUAAGAAAGAAAGUUAAAUUGUACAUGGAGCACGUUUUUCCCCCUCAACAAUUUUAUGGUAGUCAUAAUGAAAACUUAAUGUACUUUUCUUUGUAUUUGAAAGUCAGGUGCUUUUUAUUUCAAUGCAUUUUGUAUAUUUCAGCUUUUUUAUUGUAUGGUGUUAUUGGCAUGAAUGAAUGUCAGGUGUAUUUUUUUUUUUUUUUUUUUUAGUUCUUGCCAAAUAUAACCCAUCAUUAAUUUUAAAACUCAUGUGUGCCAUAAUUUAAGAUUAUUUUUCUACGUAUUAAUAUUUGUACUAUUUAUUUUGUUUUGUUCAAAACAAAUUGUGCUGGUUCUCCAAACCAACAAAAAGCAUCAAAACUUAAUUACACAUAUCAUAGUGUAUAAUAACCAUAUUUUUUAUAACUUUGCUACUUUUUCAUGUGAUUCUGUAAAUAGAUUUGUCUUUGAUUGUAGUACAACUUGUAGCUUUUUAGUUUUGUGAAAUGAGCUGAAGCAAGUUUUUUCCUCUAUGUACUGGAUUUUUUCCCCAAGACCAUCAAUAAAUCUGUUAAUUAUGCA